AUGAUUCGAUGUAUUUAUUUUACUUCUUAUUCUUAUCUUGUUCUAUUUAUUCUUAUAUCACUAUUCUUUCUAUUCUAUCUAUUAUUCUUAUGUUCUAUUUCAACUUCAUUUAUUAUUAUUUCAUGUUUAUGUGUAAUUAUUUAUUUAUUCUUAUAUUAUUUCCUUAUUUUUCUUCUUUUUCUUUUUAUUCCUCCUCUUAUUUCUUUUAUUAUUAUUCUUUUUCUCUUAUUUCACUUUAUUAUUUUAUUACUUCUUGUUAUUUCUUUUAUUCCUACAACUUCUUACUUAUAUAUUAUUAUUUCUUAUUUCUUAAAAUUAUAUUACACUAUUACUCAUGUCUUGAUAUAUUCAAUAUACAUUAUACUUUUAUUUUAUAUUUCUGUUUUAAAUAUUUACUUUCAAUUACUUAUGAAUUUAAAUUAUUCUAUAAAUUUAUUCUACAUUUAUUCACUCUAUUAUUAUCUUUUAUUUCUUACUUUAAAUUUCCCUAUGUAA